UGGUUGGCUGAGAACACGGAAACGUCUGAAACUUCCAUAUUACGUUGCAUGUCGCUAGAGUUCAUGGGAAAUGUAGUAUAAUGGCAACAUCAACUACAAUAUUCGUGGCAUCUAUGGUGUGAGUCUCAGACUACAUUACCCAGCAUCCACAGGGCGCCAUGCAAUGUUGACGUGUAUUUUGUUGCUAGUCUGAAAAACUCGCAUCACACAGCUGUCACAGCCGGACAUCAUUUAACCAAAACUUGGAACAUUUGACCGACAUUGUGUUAUCUUUAAGCGGUUGGUGAGUUCGAAACAGUUUGUAACGAUGUCCGGAGAAAUCUCUAUGAUUGGUUCCGUUAUCCUGGCCCUCUUCCUGGCAGGAUACCUGGGUCAGCAGUACUUGCCGCCCCCCAAGCCCAGAGUGAUCGGCCUGGAUCUGGGCACCACCUUCUGCUCGGUCGGCGUCUUCCAUCCUGGCAGCGGGGAGGUGGAGGUGAUCGCGGAUGAAGAGGGAAGGAAGAGCAUCCCCAGCUCCGUCUCCUUCACCACCACUGCGGUGCUGUCCGGACAUGAAGCCGUGGAGCUGGCCGACAACAACCCUCAAAACACCAUCUAUGAUGCAAAGAGGUUCAUAGGGAAGAUAUUUGAGCCGGAAGUCCUGGAGCAGGAGAGCGCGCGGUACCCGUUCAAGGUGAUAAACAAUAACGGAAGUGCAGAGUUUGUGAUCUCCACCAACCACACCUUCACUGUGAGUCCAGAGUUCAUCGGCUCCAGGCUGCUGCUGAAGAUGAAGAAGAUGGCCGAGCGACAGCUGGACGUCCCCAUCCAGAGGGCCGUCAUCUCGGUGCCCGCGGAGUUUGAUGAGAGACAGAGGAACUACACCGUGAGGGCCGCUAACCUCGCUGGCCUGGAGGUGCUGCGCGUGAUCAAUGAGCCCACAGCGGCGGCCAUGGCGUACGGCCUGCACAAGGUGGAUGUGUUCAAUGUGCUGGUGGUGGACCUGGGGGGGGGGACCCUGGACGUUUCUCUGCUCAACAAACAGGGAGGCAUGUUCCUCACCAGAGCCAUGGCAGGGAACAACAAGCUGGGAGGUCAGGACUUCAGCCAGAGGUUGCUGCAGUACGCCAUGGAGCGAGCCCAGCAGGAGUUUGGCGUCCCUCCCACUCUGAAAGAGGACAUCCACCGCCUCCGUCAGGCCGUGGAAGCCGCUAAGCUCAACCUCACCCUCAACCCCAGCGCCUCCAUCCGCGUCCCCCUGCACCUGCACACCCCCGACAGCUCAGAGACCCCCGGAGGCUCCUCUCCUCCUCCGGUUCUCUUCCAGACCGCCAUCACACGGGAGCUGUUCGAGGAGCUCAACGAGGACCUCUUCCAGAAGAUCCUGGUCCCCGUGGAGACCGUGUUGGCCGAGGGCCGCCUGGACAAACAGGAAGUGGACGAGAUCGUUCUGGUGGGCGGCUCCACCCGGAUCCCGCGGAUCAGGAGGCUGAUCAGCGAGUUCUUCGGGAAGGAGCCCAACACGUCGGUAGACCCCGACCUGGCCGUGGUGACGGGGGUCGCCAUCCAGGCCGGCAUCAUGGGGGGGUCCUGGCCCCUGCAAGUGAGCGCCAUCGAAAUCCCCAACAGACACCUGCGCAAGACCAACUUCAGCUGAUCAGUUAUUGAUGGAAACGAUCAAAGGGAUGCCGCAAAGACUUCAGAGCUGUUUCAUGCUUUAAUGAUGUGCGUCAUUUAAAACCUGCUGAAGUAUGAGGAGCUGCCAACAAAACACUCAGGUUUUUAACUUGUGAUUCUUGUAAGUGACGCAUUUCACAACACAACAUUCCCCUUAGACAGAUUCUAACUGAUAGCAUCUGCAGAAGUGAACAGUCCUGUUUUGUUAAGGGACAGAUUCUUUUAUUUUGCACAAAGCUUCCGCAGAAAGAAAAUAAUGACUGAAAAUGUGAAGGAGAAACUUCUCUGCGUCAAUGAGGCUUCUUCAUGGUAGAUACUCUCAUGGUGUUCAAUUCAGGGAACAACCAUUUCAAGGACUUACAACCCAGCCAGUAAAACUUCUGCUAUUUAUGUAUUUAUUUAUUCAAAAACGGUGUGAGUGUAAAGGGGGAAACAGUGUGUUCCUGUUCAGAAAGCUGCUAUACUGUUUGAAGUGGAGCGUGGAGGUGUAACAGUUGUUUAAAGAUGUGUAAUUCAUUUCAAACAGAUUCACAGCAUUGCCUACAGACGAAUCACCUCGAUAAUGAGUAGGUGUGGUUGACUCAGCUAAUAGGUAAAAGCCUAACUAUUCAAACAGUACUGUAACAUCUCACAUCACUGGCACCACCUCUCGCUCAUGCUCAGUGCUGCACCGCCACUUGUUGACCAACUUUGUUUGUGCAAUAGUGAGCCAUUUGUGUAGAAGGGACUUCUGUUUGUGCUGCAUGUGAGAAGUAGAAGCAGCAGCCUGCUUGUUCUGCUUUAGAAUAAGAUAUACAGGUGACUAUAGACCUGCAGGAGGACCAACGCUUUGCUUACCGGUGCUUUGUGGAUUUGGAAAAUGUGUUGAGUCACAUUUUGGAUGUUUGAUGGACCUGAUGAAUGGGUUCGGUUGUUACGCCGCCUUCAAUUUUGACAGAAUUGUAUUGAAUAAUUUACUUUGAAGAAAAUUAUCUUGCUCUUUUUGUGGUGGAUUUUAGGCUGGUUACUGAAAAUCCAGUAACGUCCAAUACAACCAUUUCCAACCAAGAACUCAAGUUACCUUCAUUCCUUUUAAAAAAGUAUUACAACUACAUUUAGCCUAAUUUCAUUCAUGAAUCAGUUUAUUUAUUAUAUCGACUUUUUUUCUCAUGUUGAAACUAAGACCUUGAUAUAAUAGAGCCUUUAACUAAAGAAGCAGAUUGCCUUUGAUACCGUACAUAUCAUUAUUAGUCCCUUUUUGAAAGGGAGAAAUUAUGUAACUAAGAUCUAUUUUUAUAUGUCGUGUCAUACUCACUGAAGUCCAGCCACCUCAACAUUGAUGAAGAAGUUUGAACUGUUACAAGCUGCAAUUAAAAUGAUUUCCCUUCGCUAACUUUCUUGUCUAUUUCAUAUUCCUGGGCUUUUCACACUCCUGAUCCUCACAUUUGAGAAAGAGGAUGCUCUUGAGAACUUAAGGCAGUAAAACUAUUUUUGAUUUGAUUCCAAAUGUAGCAUGGGCUCCCCUCUAAAAGAAUAAAUCUAUGAUAAUGCAAUUCAUGUAAAAUACUAACUUAGUGUGCUGUAACCUGGGCAACGGGAUUUUUUCAGUAAUGUCAUUUAAACUAAGUUGCUGAAACACAUUAAGAAAUGAAAUAAAAACAAAGUUUGGCUACAUAAAUAAUGUAUUUAUUAUGCCAAACUUAUUUUAAUGUUCUGUAUCUUGGGCCAAAGUAACUCAAAUCAAUUGUAACAGUCAUUGACACAAACGCUGUUUAUAAUAAUGGUAUUUUGGGUGCUUGACUAUAAAUGUUAAAAUCUCCUUCUUCCUGCAUUAAAUGUGCCCAUCUCAUUAAAGUAUUUGGCCCACACCCCUCCCAGUAAAAUGAGUCUAGAACUGCAGCUGAAAUGUAGUGGACGUUUUCUAAAGUCUAAAAAUAAGACAGGAUUACCGACUCACUUAUUAAAAACACUGUCCGAUUGUUGCUUUAAUCCCCAGUUCCUCCUGUUCGCGUGUCAUCAUUGAAAAACAAACAAAAGUUUCAACUUAAAAUCUCCUUUAUUAGAUCAUUUUUUUGUAUUGUUUACUUCUGAGGCACAGUAAUACCCAAAUAAAGAAAACACAAAAGGCAAUCCAUUUCCUUGACCCUGUGCUGCCUGUUGUGAUCCCUGUAGCGUCCCUUCAAAUAGCUUAGAGCUUUAUUUUCACAUUUAGCACCCACUUCAGCAGUCCGUUUGACACCAACCAGCACGUGGAUGCAUGCAGCUGUCAACAACAACAACACACUGCAGACUGUCCUGCGACUCAGAGGCAGUGCCAUGACUUCCAUCAUGACCCGGAUAUUGCUUUUGUUCAUCACGGUCACAUUGUUCAAUAAUUAUUUGUGAAAUAUAAUGCUUAGUUGGCUUGAGCAUCUCACACACUGGUUCACCUUCUUAUGUACAAUAACACACUCAACAUAGCACUGCACACAGGGUAACACAUAUAUACCCAGCCUGAAUACACACUAUACAACAAUCACAUCUUUAAAAAAAAAAAAAAAA